AAAAUUAAGGAAAUUAAUUUUUUUUAAACCUAUAAACAAUAACCUGAAAUUAUUCGUUGUAGUUAAAGAGUUUACAUAAAUAAAAUUAACGAAAAGAUUCAUGGACUGGUUAGUCAUUUUUUAAAUAAAGAAUAGCAUUUCAGUUUAUGUGAGAAGGCUAAUAAUUGUUCUUGGACUUCUAUCAAUGAAAGUCUACAAAAUAGGGGUGGAUACCAUAAAAAAAAAUAUUUUAAACCGAAACUAAACUGAACAAUUCAAUCAAGAUUCAAAAUCGAAUUGCUACUCAAUAUGAUUUAAUUUCUUGAAUUGAUGUGUUAUUUUUUAGUAGUAAAUUGACAUGUUUUAGGUUUAUUUUAUGAUCCUAAACCUAACAAAACUGGAUUAACACUAAAAUUCCUGAGCAUCUUAAUUAUAAUGUCAGACCAAGUCUUAGAGAUGGAGACAAUCACUGGUAUAAAGAUUCUCACAGAUCUCUGUGCCGAGUUCCAGUGUGUUCUUUUGUCCUAUUUUUCCCAAAUGAUUGUUUGUUCUUGAAUUGGCCUCAACUUCGAUUUGCUUCAGCUAUUUUUCCCAAUUGAAUUGGCCUCCAUUGUUCUUGAAUUGUCCUAUUUUGAGAUCAUAUUGGAUUCUAGAUGAUGAGAUCAUAUUGCAAUGUUUAUGUUCUAAUUCAUCUCCUUCCUCCUCAUCCAUCACAUUGCCAAUUGGCUCGUUCUGCCUAAUUUGUUCAUAUAUUAUAAUCGCGUAAAGAGCUUUGAGCCAGUCUCUGCCUCCUUUCUCAUUAAAUAAGACAAGCAAAGCAGCGCAAGGCAUGCAGCAGCUGCAGUCGGUCGAAUGCUCCGUUCUUCCUUAGGCAUGCAGUUUCCUCCGUCAGAAGAAGAGAAGCAGUAGGAGAAGGAGCGAUGGGGAACUGCCAGACAGCGGCCGAUGCGGCGGCGGUGGUGAUCCAACACCCCGGAGGGAAGGUGGAGAGGCUGCACUGCCCGACGAGCGCCGCGGAGGUCAUGAGGAGCAACCCGGGCCACCGUGUGGCCCUCGUCACGCUCUGCGCCCCGGCAGAGGAGCGGCAGGACGGCGGUCGGGUCACCAGGGUGAGGCUGCUCGGUGCCAAGGACGUGCUCCUGCUCGGCCGGGUUUACCGGCUGGUCACCUCCCAAGAAAUCGCAAAGGCUCACGAGAAACUGAAGAAGAGCCGAGCUGAAUUGGUGAGGAAGCAGGGACACGAACAACAGAUAAGAGAAGGAACAGGAGAGGAUUCAGAAACAAGAUGUGAGAUAGCAAAGCAAGAGAGGGGUGGGCAGAGAACCAUCACAGAGGUUAAAGUGAGAGGGAGGCAUUGGCGCCCUUCUCUUCAGAUCAUCUCAGAAAUGUCGAGCUGAUUGUGUGUUUACAGUGACCAUGAACAUAUGAAAAUAUUGUUGUUGAGAUGAAGACUUGUAAUUUGAAGCAUUUUAU